AUGAAGAAGAAGGUUGUUCAGCAAAGAUGGAAGCAGAAGGUUUUUGGUUUGAUCUUAGUGGUGGUGCUUUGUUUUGGAAGUUUGUUGUUUAUGCAGAUGAGGUAUACUCAUGUUUUGGGGCUUGUUUCGUUGCAACAUCAAUUUGUUUCUCAAUCUCAAGUUCAGAUACCAAAGAUUGCUUUUCUCUUCAUUGCAAGAAAUAGGCUUCCUUUGGAAAUGGUUUGGGAUGCAUUCUUUAGGGGAGGCAAUAACAAUUUCUCGAUUCUCGUUCACCCUAGACCAGGGUUUGUGUUGAACGAAGCAACAACUAGAUCAUCAUAUUUUUUGAACCGUCAAGUUAAUAAUAGCAUACAGGUAGAUUGGGGAGAAGCAAGCAUGAUAGAGGCCGAGCGCAUUUUACUUAGACAUGCGCUCGGCGAUCCUUUAAAUGAUCGCUUUGUUUUCCUCUCAGAUAGCUGUAUACCAUUAUACAACUUCAGCUACACGUACGAUUACAUCAUGUCAACACCAACUAGUUUCGUCGACAGCUUCGCUGAUACAAAAGGAGGUCGUUACAAUCCAAAAAUGGAUCCAGUUAUUCCGGUCUAUAACUGGAGAAAAGGAUCUCAGUGGGCUGUUCUGACUAGGAAGCAUGCAAAGGUUGUAGUCGAGGACGAAACCGUCUUUCCUAUGUUUCAAAAAUACUGCAAGAAAAAGCCGCUACCCCGAAUUUUGGAGGGAUCAAGUCAUUCCCGCUGA